AGUCUUGAUAAUUCUUUACCACAGGUGGAACAAAUUCUGCUUCAUAGCUGUUCAUAGCGAAACGCGCUGGAAAAUUUGUAUUUUCUAGCAAAUUCUACGCGAUUGAUUAUUCGAAACGGUGGUGAGGAGGUUCACCUACAAAUUCGGGAAAUCAUUCGAGUUACGCCUAUUUCAUCAAAAUGCCUGAAGUCGACAUUACAAAAAAACAGGAUGGCGGUGUUCUUAAGGAAAUUAUCAAGGAAGGUGUCGGCGAAGAGAAACCUUUGCGUGGAUGCAGCGUGACCGUUCAUUACACGGGAACUUUAUUGGAUGGAACAAAGUUCGACAGCAGCAGGGACCGGGAUGAGCCCUUUAAAUUUGUUCUCGGUCGCGGUAACGUUAUCAAAGCAUGGGAUAUUGGAAUCGCUACUAUGAAGAAAGGAGAAGUAGCUGUGUUGACUUGUACUGCAAAAUAUGCUUAUGGAAAAUCGGGCACUGCAACAAUUCCUCCAAAUGCUACGUUGAAAUUUGAGGUAGAAAUGAUAGAUUGGACAGGUGAGGAUGUUAGCACUGCAUCGAAUGGAAGCAUCUUAAAGUUUCAAAUCAAUCCAGGAGAAGGCUAUGCUUCGCCUCAAGAGGGGGCAUUAGUAAAUGUUCAUUUAGUUGGAAAAUAUAAUGACCAAGUAUUCGAACAGAGAGAUGUGCAGUUCACCCUUGGAGAAGGAGAAGAUGCAGGCAUAAUUGAGGGAGUCGAAGAAGCACUGCAGCAUUUUCAAAAUGGGGAGAAGGCUAGAUUAAAAAUCAAUAGUACAAAAGCUUUUAAAAAUGAAGGAAACUCAAAAUUCAACAUUCCUCCAGGAGCAGACGUAGAAUAUAUAGUAGAAUUGAAAAGUUUUGAGAAGAGCGUAGAAGAAUGGUCAUUGGAACCUGCCAAGAAAAUUGAACAGGCAAAGUUGUAUAAAGAAAAGGGAACAUCAUAUUUUAAAGCCAACAAAUACAACUUAGCUAUUAAAUUAUACAAAAAAAUUACGACCGCGUUGAAGUCUGAGUUAGAGUUUAAGGACGAACUAGUAAAGGAACAAGAAGAUCUUUUGCUCUCGGCUCAUCUCAAUCUUGCACUGUGUUACUUGAAAACCAAUUCAUACGUCGAGGCAAAAGACUCUUGCAACGAAGCCUUAAAUUUAAGUCCCACAAAUGAGAAGGCUUUGUUUAGAAGAGGGCAAGCUUAUAUCGCCUUGGCUUCUCCUGAGAUCGCAGUAAAAGAUUUCCAAGAGGUGCUUAAAGUUGAACCUAAAAAUGCAGCAGCUGCCAAACAGGUUACCGUUUGCAACAAUCUUAUUAAAAAACAGAUCGCUAGGGAGAAGAAGCUCUAUGCAAAUAUGUUUGACACGUUUGCAAAACAGGAUAAACAGAAGGAGGAGGAGAAGCUGCGACAACAACCAGACGUGAUGCGAGGGACUCUGGGCGAGUGGGGGCAGGAGGAAAGACCCGGGGGCAGAGAUGCCACCGCUUUCGAGAAAGAAAAUCCCAACAUUCUGAUGUUGAAUGCAAACGGCACCGGAGAGUUCAAGAACAUGUGAUUAUUCUAGUUUCCAUUCCUACCCAUACUGCCCCAAGCAGCCGAACUGCUUCGCUGUGACUGCCACCGAUAUCAGACAUUCGCAGUGAUUGUCCAAACCCUUCGUAAUAACUUAAAUCCAGACAGGGAACACUUGCGUACCAGAAAUCACCACUACCCUGGUGUGCACUUCUCUGGUAUCCUCGAAUCCCUGCUCUCAGCCAGUUAGUACACGUUUUCAUUGCUAGUCAAUUAAAAGACAUUCCACCGAUCGUUAAGUUUUGUCCACGCAUGUAUUUCGAAAAAUUGUAUAAAAAUACGAGAGGCCGUAGUUCCGUGCUCUCGAUCUGCCGGAAUAUACAGGAACGAUCUCUGAAACGGACUCACGGGCUGUAAAUUCAUUGCAUCGGUAUAACGAUUCAAAUCUCGUAUCCUCGGUAAUUUUGACACAAUAAACUCGUUAUUUUUCACGGUG